AGAAAUCAUAGGACAUGAAGUUCUGAUAUGAGUUUGGAAGUUUUUUCUUUUUUUCUUUUCUAGUUAGAUUGGAAUUCUAAAGACAUUAAGAAGGAUACAACUCUCACUAACAGAGAAUGACUAUUCCCAAAGUUCUUAAGGAUAAAUGAUUUAUGAAGCUGGCAUUCAAUUUCAAGAUGUAAAAUAAUAGUGCAAGUCAGAGAGGGGAGACAGUCAUCCAAAAGGUAAAUUUAUUUUCCCACUGAAAUAGUUUGUUUUAAAAGGACCUCAAAUUAUAAUCUCCAUUAAAGAGCACUGUGAAUUUUCUUCCCUGUAAAAAUCAAUAAAAUACUUUUUAAGUAGAGGUAGCUUCAUGAAGAAACACAUGUUUUCUGUAGAGAGACUAAACUGACUCUGAAUAUAAAAUGAGGAGUGUGUGUGAAGUGUGUAUAAAAGACAAGUUCAAAGUUGGACACUCAGUGAGACAGAUGAGCUUGGUUCCAGUAUUUUUCUAGAAGGUAAGUUAGUUUGUCAGAGGUUUAACUGGCUCAGUGAUCCCCAGUGGUGUCACAGCAGUUAAGACAGCCUUUCCAUUAGAUAAUGAAUUAUGAAAUAUGCCUCACUCUGGGAAAGCCAGUCAUCUGCUGAUGUCAUGGCUGAUUCUAACCAAUCCCAAACAAAGCCCCAGCCCUCCUCUGUUUGAGUGGUACCAGUGAGUGUACAAAUAAGUAGUACAGUAUAAAACUUGCCAGUGCCAAUACCAUGAAGAGGGACUCAGACAGCUCUUACCACAUGACAGCGGAGCCUGCUGGUGACAGAGACAGCACCAGCACCGGAAAGCGGAUCUGCUGAGCAGGAGGAGCGGCACACACACCCCCCCGCGCCCAGACAGCACCCAGCGGCCCCGGUGCGAGGGGGCGGCGGCGCAGGGCCUCGGCAGGAGGUGACCCCCGGCAGGAGGGCCGCCAGGAUGCCGCUACUCGGGCUCGGCGGGCUGCUGCUGGCCAGCUGCUGGGUGGCGGUGCGCGGCUCCCCCAGCCCGGCCGACUGCCCCUCCUGCGCGCUGGCCGCGCUGCCCAGGGCCGGCCCCAGCGCGCAGCCCGAGAUGGUGGAGGCGGUGAAGAAGCACAUCCUGAACAUGCUCCAUCUGAAGAAGAGGCCCGAGGUGCUGCAGCCGGUGCCCAAGGCGGCCCUGCUCAACGCCAUCCGCAAGCUUCACGUGGGCAAGGUGGGCGAGGACGGCUACGUGGAGAUCGAGGACGACAUCGGCCGGCGGGCGGAGAUGAACGAGCUCAUGGAGCAGACGUCGGAGAUCAUCACCUUCGCCGAGGCAGGCACAGCCAAGAAGACACUGCACUUUGAGAUUUCCAAAGAAGGCAGUGACUUGUCAGUGGUGGAACGUGCAGAAGUCUGGCUUUUCUUAAAAGUCCCCAAGGCCAACAGGAAUAGGACCAAAGUCACCAUCCGGCUCUUCCAACAGCAGAAGCACCCCCAAGGUGGCAUAGACACAGGGGAGGAGGCCGAGGAAGGCGGCUUCAUGGAGGAGAGGAGUGAACAGUUGAUAUCAGAGAAGGUGGUGGAUGCUCGGAAAAGCACUUGGCACAUCUUCCCUGUCUCCAGCAGUAUCCAGCGAUUACUGGACCAGGGCAGAAGUUCCCUGGAUGUUCGGAUUGCCUGUGAGCAAUGCCAUGAGACAGGUGCCAGUCUCGUGCUCCUGGGCAAGAAGAAGAAGAAAGAUGAGGAGGGGGAAGGCAAGAAGAAGGACAAGAAGGAUGGAGACGGAGGGGCAGGAGGAGAAGAGGAGAAGGAGCAGUCCCAUAGGCCAUUCCUCAUGCUUCAGGCCCGACAGUCUGAAGACCAUCCUCAUCGCCGACGCCGGCGGGGCUUGGAGUGUGAUGGCAGGGUCAACAUCUGCUGUAAGAAACAGUUUUACGUCAGCUUCAAGGACAUCGGCUGGAAUGACUGGAUCAUUGCUCCCUCGGGAUACCAUGCCAACUACUGUGAGGGUGAGUGCCCGAGUCACAUAGCUGGCACGUCGGGCUCCUCCCUCUCCUUCCACUCCACCGUCAUCAACCACUACCGCAUGCGGGGGCACAGCCCCUUUGCCAACCUCAAGUCAUGCUGUGUGCCCACCAAGCUGAGACCCAUGUCCAUGCUGUACUAUGAUGACGGGCAAAACAUCAUCAAGAAGGAUAUCCAGAACAUGAUAGUAGAGGAGUGUGGAUGCUCAUAGAGCACCCAGUCUUGGGGUGGGGCGGGGGAGGGACGGGAACAGGAGUUGUCCAGGGAAGACAGUGGCAAAAUGAAGACAUUAUUAAGGUUUCUGAGUUCAACCACCAGAGUAAAAAGAAAGUCAAAAACAAAAACAAAAAAAAAAACAAAAAAACAAAGACAAAAACAAAACAAAGUUAAAACCUAAAAUCAAAACCUGAGGCAGUUGAAGGAAGAUGUGGAAAAAUUUCUUAGCCAGGGCUCAGAGAUGAAGCAGUGAAGGAGAUGGGAAUAAGCGUGGGGGAGGGAAAAGCACAGACCCUACAUUUCUCUCCAAAUCAAAACCAUGGUGAUGCCAACUGCUGGUUGCUUCCAUGAGAGCACUAUCCUCUCCUUUUCACUUUGCUUUCAGUGUGAGCCUCGCAGUCAACUCGUCUAGUCUGCACAAGGCAGACUCGCACAAUGCAGAUAGCAGCGAGAAAGCCAUGAGUUUGAAAGGGCCAGUUACAGGCACUUUCCUACCCAGUUAACCAGGUCAUAAGUUAUGUCUGUGGAGCCCUCUCUUUGUGUAUUGCAGCCUGUGCAAGCACAGACACACACACACACACACACACACACACACACACGCACACACACAGCACAGAACAUAGAAACACAUGCACCCCACAUGCACACUACAUUCACAUCCACACCUCAGCCUUUACAUAUAUACACUACAGUACACAAAUACAGGUACUCAUACACACACACCAUCCACACAGACAUAUGCUCAGAGGCAUUUCAACACACCAGAUCUUGAUCAAAGAACAAUGGUGUGCUGGUGAUCACACUUUCUUUUUCUGCACCACUUUCACAACACAACACAACACAAAAAAAAACCCCAGACAUUAAAAAAAAAAGAACAAGAAUGGAAAGAGAGAAAGAUCAAGGAAAAAGAAAACCAAGUGACAUUUCGUUAAGGUGCUUAAUGAUCUUAGAACUAUGCAACCUAAUGGGUUUGAAACUGUUUACCUGAGAUAGAACGGAAAGAGAGACUUUUUUGUAUUGGAAGUAAUCUGAUUAAUUUUUAUUUUCUUCAAGGAGAGAUACUUGAAAGGAAUAUGUUUGUCCAUCUGUUGGAUCCAAACAUUUCUAUAUUUUGUAAAUGUUGUUUUUUUUUAUCGUUUACUAUUUGCACUACAACGGUGUUUGACCUGUCUAAUCCUUAUUU